AUGUCUGAAACCCCAACGUCUAAAAGCGACGUGUACGCGCCUGUCCCACCCGAGCUCCAAGCGGAAAUCGAGCGUUAUCAAUCGCGCCUCUACAACAUCACGGAAGUGAGGCUAGCGGACCGAUUCUGCGCAGGGCAGAGCGGAUUAUUGCAGGACUACCAGCUGAAGAGGGUCAAGCGUCCGGCCAAGCGCAGAACAUCGCGGUCGAUCAAGCACCAAGCAUCAAGCACAGUCGCGCGAGAGAUCCAGACCACAUACCACGGUGUGUCAGCUCUCGUACACAACGAAGCUCUUGCCGAGAUCCGGAAACUCAGGGAAGGGCUUCGCCAAGCAGAAGCACGCGAAGACGCCCUGAAGGCAGACAACGAGGCCUUGAAGGCAGAGAACGAGACCUUGACCACCGAGCUUUGCGAAAGCGAAGAAGCUUGUCAAGCCUUGGACAUCAGGUGGACGACCCUCGAGAACGAGCGACGUAUGGCGGCAAGACGUCAAGGGCCAAGCAGAGCACAAACUGAGCUGGAAGGUGCGAACAAGACACUACUGGACAAGCUCAGCAAGUACCAGACAGCUCUUGAUCAAUCCAACAAUUCGGUAGAGACCUUGCUCGAUGAAGCCGACAAGCAGAGUGACCGGUUUGCUGAGCUCAAAAAGAUAAUUGAGCAAUACAAAGCCAUGGUCGAAUAG